AUGUCUCAAACCCGUCAGCCAAGAAAUUCACGACACCAGACAGCUAUCCAAACAUCUCAAGACCUGUCCGUUCCGGGGACCCUUCGGUUGCGGGGCGAGGAUGCUCCCAGUGUCACCCCCGAGCCAUCCUCCUCUAGACGCAUCAGAUGGAGUGAAGAUGUUGUAGACAAUGAGGGCAUGGGGAAGAAGAGCUCCAAGGUAUGCUGUAUCUACCAUAAAGCUCGACCGGUGGGCGAGAGUAGCUCCGAAUCCGAGUCUUCCAGCUCGUCCGAUUCAGACAGUGAAAGCGAGACCGACUGCCGCGGAACUAGGCCAAACCAUCACCACUCGCAUCCCCGAGGACGCGGACCAGCAGGGGAGGGUUCAUCGAAUCAGCCACAAGCCCAGGCUUCAGAUGCUUGCACACAACAUCAACAUCGCCAUCGCCAAUCCAAACCCAAGAGGAAGCCAAGUCCUAAUGCGUAUGAGAAGAUGCCCAGAUCAUCGAAGAAUUCAUCGCGAGGAACAUGA